UAUAUUCUGUUUUUCCUCGACCGUUUCUCUUUCUCUUUGCGUCUUCUUUGCUCUCUGAUCAUCUUCAUCACCGGGUUUUUCUUGAACCCUUUUUAAACAGUACUAGUAUAAAUCAUCAUGCCCCAAGAAAAACUAAAAAACCAGUAACCUUUCGGCCUUCAAAACUAAGCGUACGGUGACCCAAAAGUCAAAAAGAGAUCUAACCGUCCUCUCACGGUUCUUUCCUAGCAACUUCCAAAGGGUUUUUGUGCUUCAAGCUAAAACAUCCAUAUCACAUAUAUCUGUUGUGACUUGUAUCUCAAACCAUUGUCCGUUACUUUAGCAUAAAACGGACAUGAUUGAGAGAGAGUGAUCGAGCAGUCCGUGCUUGUGUUCACCGAGAUCUUAGCAUGCGUUAUAUAUAAUCUUAGUUUUGAAGUGUAGAUGUCUAAGGCCUUCUCAAGAGUGUCAACUCUUUCCUGCCACGUUUGUUUCAAAAUCUAGUCUUUUGGCACGUAAAAGAGCAAAAAGGUUGAAGACUUUUGGAGGCCCAAAUCAGUAAUAUCUGCCCCUCUGCUACAUGUACUAUUCCUAUUAGCUUUUCUCAGAUAGUGACAGAGAAUCUAUUUAAAGGAUUCCCCCAUUUGCUCCAACUCAAUUGAAACCAAACCGGCCCCGUCCUCCCUACACAUCGUAAACACUGGUUUCUAGGUUUUGUACUGGAAGAGGGAAGCAUGGUAGCCGGGAAAAUGCAUCCGGUGAAUGAGUUAAAGGGAGCAUAAAAGCUGCUGAACAGCUUAAUGCAGUCAUCUUUGUGGCGGAGCGGCAACAGAGUAAAAAACACAGAGUUCCAAUAUUCGUAGAUAGUUAUGGAAAUGUUUCAGCCAAACAUGUUCGAUACUCACCAUCUUAUGCUGGACAUAAUGACACCCAAGUCUUCCGAAAGUGAAUUGGUAAAGAUUAGAGAUCAGGACGAUUUCGAGACUGGAUCAGGCACUGAAAUCAUGGAAGUAGCUCCCUCCGGAGAAGACCAAGAUCCCAACCAAAGCUCCAAAAGAAAGCGCUACCACCGCCAUACCCAGGGACAAAUCCAGGAAAUGGAAACCUUCUUCAAGGAGUGCCCUCAUCCAGAUGACAGGCAAAGGAAAGAACUGAGCCGUCAGCUAGGGUUAGAGCCUCUACAAGUCAAAUUUUGGUUCCAAAAUAAGCGGACGCAAAUGAAAGCCCAACAUGAACGCCAUGAGAAUGCAAUUUUAAAGGCAGAGAACGAAAAACUUCGUGCGGAGAACAAUAGGUUCAAGGAAUCCCUGGGGAAUACGUCAUGCCCCAACUGUGGAGGUCCAGCGACUCUUGGUGAGAUGUCGUUCGACGAGCAGCAUUUGAGGAUCGAGAAUGCUCGUUUAAGAGAAGAGAUUGAUAGGAUAUCUGUGAUUGCGGCCAAAUAUGUUGGCAAGCCUUUGACUUCGUAUUCUCACCUUUCACCCCUCGUGCCUUCCCGCUCCGGCCUUGAUCUUGGGGUCGGGAACUUUAAAGCACAGACAGGGUUUGUAGGGGAGAUGUAUGGAGGGAAUGAUCUCCUCAGGUCAGUUUCAGGGCCUACUGAGGCAGAUAAGCCAAUGAUUGUUGAGCUCGCCGUGGCAGCAAUGGAAGAACUCGUAAGGAUGGCUCAGGGUGGAGAGCCAUUGUGGGUUUCGUGUGCCAACUCUACUGAGAUAUUGAAUGAAGAAGAAUAUUUGCGGACUUUCCCUAGGGGAAUAGGCCCCAAACCAUUAGGAUUAAAAUCAGAAGCAUCGAGGGAAUCUGCCGUAGUUAUUAUGAAUCAUAUCAACCUUGUUGAGAUUCUCAUGGAUGUGAAACGAUGGUCAACUGUGUUUUGUGGUAUUGUUUCGAGAGCAACGACUUUAGAUGUUCUCUCAACUGGAGUGGCAGGGAACUAUAAUGGAGCCUUGCAAGUGAUGAAAGCUGAAUUCCAAGUCCCUUCACCGCUUGUUCCAACUCGUGAAAAUUACUUUGUAAGGUACUGUAAACAGCAUGCCGAUGGGACUUGGGCAGUUGUUGAUGUUUCCUUGGAUAAUUUGCGCCCUAGUUUUAUUUCGAGGAGUCGACGAAGGCCAUCUGGUUGUUUGAUCCAAGAAUUGCCAAAUGGUUACUCAAAAGUUAUAUGGAUCGAACAUGUAGAAGUAGAUGACAGAGCUGUUCACAGUAUAUACAGACCAUUGGUCAAUUCAGGUAUUGCUUUUGGAGCAAAACGUUGGCUGGCGACCUUAGAUCGACAAUGUGAACGUCUUACUAGUUCAAUGGCCAAUAACAUUCCAGCAGGAGAUUUAUGUGUAAUAACAAGCACAGAAGGGAGAAAGAGUAUGCUGAAGUUGGCAGAAAGAAUGGUGAUGAGCUUUUGUACUGGUGUGGGUGCUUCUACUGCGCACGCAUGGACAACAUUAUCAGCAACAGGUUCUGAUGAAGUAAGGGUUAUGACCAGAAAGAGCAUGGAUGAUCCCGGCAGGCCUCCUGGUAUUGUGCUGAGCGCUGCAACUUCCUUCUGGAUUCCAGUUCCAACAAAGAGGGUUUUUGACUUCCUUCGGUAUGAGAACUCUCGAACCCAGUGGGAUAUCCUUUCGAACGGUGGCCUAGUUCAAGAAAUGGCACACAUAGCCAAUGGUCGUGAUCAAGGCAACUGUGUCUCUUUACUACGAGUAAAUAGCGCGAAUUCGAGUCAAAGUAAUAUGCUGAUACUACAAGAGAGUUGCACUGAUUCAACUGGAUCAUACGUAAUUUAUGCUCCAGUUGAUAUAGUUGCCAUGAACGUGGUCUUAAGCGGCGGGGAUCCAGAUUACGUCGCACUUCUACCAUCAGGAUUUGCCAUACUGCCCGAUGGGCCUGCAGGUGUAAACGGUGGGGGCAUUCUUGGGGUUGGAUCUGGUGGCUCUCUGUUGACAGUUGCGUUUCAAAUCUUAGUAGAUUCAGUCCCAACGGCAAAACUCUCUCUCGGAUCAGUGGCUACAGUGAACAGUCUAAUAAAGUGCACGGUAGAAAGGAUCAAGGCUGCAGUCAUGUGUGAGAAUUCAUGAUUGACAUGAUCACUUAAUUAAUAUGCAGAACAAAAGAACGGAAGAAAAGAAGGGAGCCAAGUCAGGGAAGCUGGUACGUGAUCAUGCGUAGUCCAAAAUUCGGAUCAGAAAAAUAGCCAAGGAAAGAAGUCAAGAACGCACCUUAUAAUAAUAUCCUUGCCUGGCAGAUCAUGUCAAUCUGCCGCCCUGCGAGGGUUAUAGGUUCGGGUAUUGACUUCACCUAUAUAAUAAAGAGGAAUUUUGUAAAAUCAGACUGUUUUUAUAAUUAGGUAGUCUCCUGCAGUCAGCUUUUCUAAUUAACUUCCUAUA